ACUACGGUUAGGGAAUCGCGGCGGUGGGUACCACCGCUACUCCAAGGGGACUCGAAAAUGUACAGCCAGCGGUUUGGUAUCCUACAGCGGGAGAUUAAGGGCCCCACUCCCAAAGCAGUGAUUGUGAGAGCCAAGCCUCCCAAAAGCCAUAGAGUUGAGCAGCAUCUUGAAAGAAUCCGACGCAACUAUCAGAAACAUCAGGCUGUUUUGGAUUCCAUUAAGUCAAUAGAGCGGGAUCGCUCGAAAGUUGACUGGUACCAGCAGAAUGACCGCAAAUUUGUGAAGAGUCUUGUGAAAGCAAGAGUCAAGGAUGCCACACAAGGGUUUAUCAUCAACACUGAAGAAAGACGAAAUAAGCUCCGUGAGCUUUUAGCAUCAGAAGAAAAUAAGUAUUUCACUGAAAUGCAAUUGAAAGAAGAAACAAUUGAGGAGAGAAAAGAUAAAAUGAAAGAGAAAAUCAAAUUAUUAAAGGAGAAGAAAGAAAAAGAGAGACAGGAUUUUGUGGCUGAAAAGCUAGACCAGCAAUUCAGGGAACGCUGUGAAGAGCUCCGCGUCCAGCUGUCUUGUAUCCAUCAGGAGAAGGUGUGCGAGGAGCGGAAAGCCCAGAUCGAGUUUAAUAAGGAGCUGAAAAGGCAAAAAGUGGUAGAAGAGCAGAUGUUCUCAAAGCUCUGGGAGGAAGACCGAUUAGCCAAGGAGAAGCGAGACAGCGAAGAGGCGAGGCGACAGAAGGAGCUGGUGGAGAGCACACGCCUGGGGCUGAACGCCCAGAUCACCGCCAUGCAGGCGCAGAGGCUGGCAGUGCAGCAGCUGAAGGAAGAGGAGGCGCGCCUGGUGGAAAGUGACAAAGCUCGGGUGAAACUUGAAGAUGAGCAGGAGAAGCUAAAGAAACAGAAGUCAAAACAGGAAAUUCGGGUUACUUUGCAGAAAGCCCUCCAAGAGAAGAUAGAGCGUCUUCAGCAGGAACACAGACAAGAGCAGGACUUGGACCUGAAGCUCGUGCACAGCGCCUUGCAGGACUUACAGGAAGAGGCUGAAAAAAAGAAGCAAAAAAAAGAAGACAUGAUAAGAGAACAGAAGAUAUAUCACCAGUAUCUGGCACAGUGCCGUGAGGAGGAGACUGCCCGGGAGAAAGAACUGGACAGGAUCCUGGAGGAAGAGAAGGCAAAGAAGCUGGCUGAGAAGGACAAGCAGCUGAAACUUGAAAAGGAGGCAAGGAAACAGCUUGUGAAUGAGGUCAUGUGUACGAGGAAACUUCAAGUGGAAGAAAAGUUGCAGCGGAAGGCGAAAGAAAAAGAAGCACGUUCUCUGGAACAGGAGCACAUAAAUGAAAGUCUUAAAGAGCUUAACCGUGAAGAGAGGGAGAGUUUUGAAAGGCGCGCCGGCUUGGCCCAGGAGUACCGGAAGCAGCUCGGGAUGCAGCUAUCCCAGCAGCAGCAGGCCCGGGAGGCGGAGAAGGAGGAGGCGCGCCGCGAGGUGGAGGCCGGGGUGGCCGCAGACAGGCGCUGCCAGGGCAGGAUCCAGGAGCUGCUGUGCGCCCACCGGGAGCAGCCCCGGAACGUGCACCCCCUGCGGAGGGCGUGCUCCGUCCGGUUUCCACCGUAGUUCCGGAGACGUCAGCUUUUUCUUGGGCCUUUCAGUGUUUUUCACUGCAGUGUGCUUGGUAUAUGUUCCUCUG